CAUAAAGUAAGUGGUUGCCGACAUCCAAAUAGCAACAUCAUUAGUAGACUUGGAGGUGUGAGAUCUAACCGUGUAGAAAGAGCAGAGUGAGAGUGGGGCGAGCCCCUUAGCAGUGCAACCAGUCGCUUGACGAGCAAACAGAAUUUUGUCCGAAGACUCUUCCUUGGAAGCAGCAAUUAACGAUUUCUUAUGUACCGAAUUUGAAUUCCCACAAGACGUAAUAUGCAGCAACUACGAACCCAAGUUUGGACUCUCUGUGAGCAGUCCGAACCCCAGAGCCUCGAUGAACUCGUCAGAAGCCUUGACAUCCCAAGAUGCAUUGCAGGGGCCAAGUCCGAGCCCCUGCAUUGGACAACAUUGGACGAACUGGACGGUUGGCCUAUUUGACACAUGUGGACCAGACGGCGCGUUGCAGUCGAUCGACUCCAAGGUGACCUCUGAACUCAGCCCUUUUGAUGUCGCAACGAUUGAUUCAUCGGAAUUGGACCUUUUUGCCGCACUGCCACCUGGUGGCGACUGCACAGACCUCGCUGAGCUAUCAUCUCCGACGGACAGCGAGGGAGAUUUCUUCAACAGUAGUUACAUGGAAAUCUUCACCGAUUUGAGCGAUAUUAUGAAAAUGGCUGAUACAGAACUCACCGUGGAACCGGUCAUCCAGUUGGACGCGACCGUCAAAGAGGGUGCGACCGUACAGGAGAACACUAUCACGACGUCCACGUCCAAGAGAGGCAGGAAGAGGAAGGCAGCAGCUGCAACCAGUGCGACCAUCGUCACUGGAGAAGACCACCGCUACAGUUCCAAACGAUCGAUGCCAGAUUACAUCCAGGCGUCAACAAGCGUGUCGGACCUCAUCGACAUUGAAUCCCCUGCCGAAGACGAGGAGGAAACCAUCUCUCCCGUCGAUAAGAAAAAAACGAAGUAUAAGGAAAGGCGACGAAAGAACAACAUCGCGUCGCAGAAAUCCCGCCAGACGCGCAAGAAAAAGAACAGCGCUUUAGAGCAGCAGGCGGAGGAUUUAGAGAUUGAGAACGUGGCUAUGAGGGCAAAGAUCUCAGAGGCAGAGGCCCUCACCAAGGAGUUGAAGGAACUCUUGGUUACUCAGUUAGCUGGAGGGAAGAAGUAAGCCUGUUGUUGUGUUGGCAUAACAGCUGGCGACGUAAAAGAUGCAACAUUUCCUAUCUAUCAACUUCACAAAUUGGGCAUUGAAAAAUACAUCUCGUAACGGCGGGCCGACUCUGAUCGUUCCUAGGCCUCAUGAGCUCCGCUCCACCGUAUAUGGGUACGCGUGUGGUGACGGCUGGGAAUGUAGUUUGCUCUUUUUAACGAGUUGUCUAAUCUGUGAGCAGUUAGAUGUGUAAAAUGCUACAUUUUUAACCCUUUACGGACCACUGCUUUAUAUCAUGCAAACCACUUGAGGCCUGAUAUUGUGUGGUCUUUGAAGGGGCCAUUCAAUUUUCCAAGGAGGAAAGGGGGUAUGUUGCAAAUAUAGCUAGUUGGGGGGGAGGGAGAGGGGAAAGGGGAGCUAUAGUAGUUGGGCGUUAUCUGUAAAACCACAGCAUCUUUACUAUUCGUUAGUGUGUUGUCUUUCUUGCUAUUUGAGAUUACUAGCUGCUGGUUGUAAGAAAGCAUGUUGGCUCACAACAGAACAGGUGGUCAGUAAGAUGUAUUUAUAUAGAAAACGUCAUGCUGUGUGAGCUAAUGUACUUCCUAACAACUAUUAAGCCCUGGACUGUGGUCAGUAACCUUACAUGCUACCCUAGGAGGAUGUGUUUCCGAUUGAUUUAGGGGUUGGGGCGAUUGGGUUGGCAGCCAUGUUUUACAUCCCAUGAUCUCUGCAGAAGAUGGGAAACAAAGGGUUUCCCAAUAAGUCUUGAACUUUCUUGUACAUUUGUAAUUCAUGUAGUUAGAUAUACUUGUCACAAAAUAUUCAGGUUUAGAAUGCUUUUUGAUUGGAUCCACAGUUAAACCAUAUAUCAUAUAUUCCAGAAUCGGCCAGAUAUGUUCAAUUUGAAAAUGCAUUUCCUGUUGCUGUGUUGCCAUGGUAACCAGCAUAGGUGGGAAACACCAAGACAAUGUUCAUCGUCGGUAGGGGGUGUAUAGUUGUCCCAAACUUUCUUGAAAUCAACCUACUCUGUACUCAUGUCAGCGAAUUGCUGCAGAAAUUUAGUGUCAGUUCAUCUUUAAGAAAGCUGCCUGAAUGUUCUAAUGUAGUCAUAGUUGACAUAGGCACAGUCUACAGAAAUUUGAACACAAUAGUAUAUAUACCAAACCAACACAAAUAUCGCUGGUUCAAUCAUAGGAGAUGACUCCUCUGGUAAGAGAAUUGUAUUUGUGGAAAUAAAUUGCGGGCAAGUACUUUUCAAAACGUUACUCUUUCUGGCUAAGAAAAUAGUUUGUUGAAAAAUGAGUACCAGUUGCAUUCAAGAAAGUUUCAAGGGCUUUUUAUUACAUAGUUGGUUGUAAAAUAUUCUGUAUUCCAUUUAGUCUACAUAAUUAUGUGAAUUUACCCUUUUUGCUUCGAAUGACGUGCUAUGCACGUCAUGCCAUAUGUUCCGUCUGGUGCGGAUGACGUGCAUGGGACGUCAUGAACUUAUGAAAUAUUGACUCAUCUGCACUAGGCUGUAGCCUGUAAACAUUAUUGUAUGCACUUUGGGAACAUGGCCACACUUUUGAUUAUUAUUUGAUCACUCAGGUAGAUGUGACCUCAAUUUAACACUGCUAGCCAAAUGCCAUGGCUCAUUGCUGGGCUGUUCUGGCCAAAAAUGGUUGACGCAACAAAAUGUUGGCCUUCCUGCUUGCAGAUCAAAAUUUAUUGAGAAAACAAUGCAUAUAGUUAUAAUUUCUCAUUUUGAGAGUAUAAAUUUUUCUAUGAAAAAAGAUUGGUGACGGUUGACAUGUUAUUUAUUCAGGUUCGAACGGGUCAGUCUAGUGAGCAGAAAGCAGUUUAUAUUUGUAUUGUGUAGAAAAAUUAGAUUUCUUGCCUAAAAUUGCCGUAGAAUUAAAAAAUAAUACCGCCAUUCAUAUUUUCCUUAUCUAGAAAUGCCAGGUCAAUCAUUGAUAGUUUUCUUUCCAAUCUCUUUUGACGUGUCUCGAAAAUAUCGACUUUGUUUGACAGGUUUUGCUAUUCAAAGUCGCGGGGCGUCAUUCCACACCGUUUGGGAGUAGACAAGGGGAUGAUGUCACAACAUGCACUGCGUCAAGACGCCAAUUGUGACCUUUUGAAAUCAUUAAUAACGGUUCCCAUUCUUGCAUAGAUGUGGUUUUAAAACCGUAGAUCAAAACUUUAAAACUUAUCACACUUCAGUCUCGUUCAAAGUCUAGUUAUUCUAUAUUUUGUACACUAUCGUCUCGCAUGCCCAGAAGUGAUCAAUGUUUUAAAUUCAAAAUGAACUUUUCUUUUUACCAUGUUUACAAUGUUUAUUGAAGAGAGAAUAACUUUUAGAAUCAUAUUUUUUUUCAAAUUUUUUUGUGUAUUGAGAAGGGGGGGUCCUGAACAUUGGAAAAACUUGCAUACAUACUUAAAAAGUUUAGAGUGUUCAGGCUUUGAAACAAUCUGGUAUAAUAAAUCGUUUUUUUAUUAAUCUAAAUGUUCUUGUGUGUCAAU